AUGAGUAAACCAAAGUCGGCUAUUUCAAGUCUCUCUCCAAGUAAGGAGAUGAUGGACUUAAAGUCUUUAAAGCGCCAGAGAACUGUUGCAAAAACCAGCAUAGUGCGCAUAAAAACGGGUCUCCUUGAAAAGACCAUGUCGCUAGAUCCAAUCGAAUUGGAGUGCCGACUCGACAUAUUGAACUCCCACAGCGAAAAACUCAUGAAAUGUCAGUCGAAAAUUGAGGAAAUCGACGAAGAAGACAUUGCCCGUGGAGAGUUAGAGGACUUAAUUGUAGAAACAAAGUCCAUUAUAAAGACCAUUCUGGCGAGAAAUAAAUCGUCAAUUGCCGAAACAUCUUUUACUGCACCUCACAGCUCGCGACUACCAAAAAUGUCGUUACCUACGUUCAAAGGAGAAUAUUCCGAGUUUAAAAACUUUAUGAGUCUGUUUGAGAGUUUCGUGCACAAUGAUCCCACAAUCCCGGAUAUUGAAAAAUUUAAUCAUUUAGUAUCAUGUCUAUCCGGUGAAGCCUUAGGCAAAGUGAAGUCCUUCCAAAUGUCGGAAGAAAAUUAUCCAAAGGCGUUGGCAAGUUUGAGAAAGGUUUAA